AUGCAGAGAUCUGGAAGCGGCUUGAAAACACAAAAGAGCCAAAAGCGGACCAAGGGCUUGCGAAGCGGUAGCAAUGUAGACGAAGCGCACGGCAGUUGCUGUGAAAGAUGCUUCGACUACAUCAUCACUGGUGACUUUUCGGGUCUCUACCGAGGGGCCAAGAAGGGGAUUGUGACUUUCUUCACCAACCUGUCGGAGCGGUAUCAGAACUUCCAGAAAUGGUUCGCCGUGAAGCGGAAGGAACAGGAGCAGAGGGCCAUGGACAAGACCAUAGAGCACCCAUACCCAAGGAUCAGAAAAAUUGUCCACACCAAUUGCUUUGAGAUCGUUGGAAAUCUUGUGAUCUUCGCUAACACCUUUGUGGUUGGUUGGCAAGCAGAGCUGCUGCCACACACGGUCACGGAUCGAGACAAGUUAGUGUCGACGAUCUUGGAAAACUUCUUCACCUUUGCAUUUGUUGUGGAAUUGUCCUUGUCGACUCUUUGUUGGGGAUGGACCUCCCUGCUGGAACGAGAGAAUUGGAUGGACGUCUUCUUGGUCUUCCUGGGAGUGCUAACCACCUGGAUCCUGGGUCCCUUUGGGAUCGAGGUGGACUUCCUGCGGAAGCUCACCGCCUUACGCACCCUGCGCUUGAUCCGCCUCGCGCGCGCCGUACGCCUUAGACCCGAGUUCAAAGAGAUGUGGGCCUUAAUGAAGGGCUUGACGGACAGUGGUGAGACCUUGUUCUGGACCUAUGUGAUGAUUUUUUGCGUGUUGUACUUCUUCGCCAUCAUCGCUACCUCGUUGAUUGGGAAGGCGGAAGCCUUUCAAGAUGAUGCACUGGCGCAGGAGUACUUUGGUGAUGUGAUUCUCUCGAUGCUCUCGCUUUUUCAGCUCAUGACCUUAGACUCCUGGACUGGCUUCGCGCGACCUCUCAUGGAGAAACAGGUUUGGGUUGCGCUGUUCUUCAUUUUCUUCAUCGCCGUGGCUGUCUUCGUGAUGUUGAACCUCGUCACGGCCGUCAUCGUGGAGAACUCCUUCUCGGAAUCCAAAAGCGAAGAGAUCGAGCUCGCAGUGCGACUGGAACGAGAAAAGGAGGAAGAACUUGAAGACUUAAAGCAGUUCUUCUUGCAGAUCGAUUUGGAUGGAAGUGGCUCUUUGACCAAGCAGGAGUUCUUUCGGGCCACCAAGCAACGAAAGAUCCGCAACAAGCUUCGGGCCCUGGAUAUCUUGCCCAAAGAUAUCGAUGAACUUUGGGACAUCUUGGACGACGGCAAAGGGGAGUUGCAAGUCGAAGAGUUCCAAUCCGGCAUCCGAAGAUUGCGGGGUGAGGCCAAGUCCAAGGAUAUCCUGAGAUUGUCCAAGGAGCUGCGACAGUUCGAGAUGUCCGUGGAUGAGGUGGAGGGUUACAUCGAAUCCAGUAAAGGGCGGCUCAAAGGUCUACAGAAUCAGCUCACGCGAUGUCGAGCGGAUAUCGCAGCUUUCACAAGGACGCUGGUGAGAGCGAAAGAGGCGGUGAAGAUGGCGGCGCAGACGCAGAACAUGAGCUGA